AUGGCUGAAGAACGGGACAUCGCCUUUUGCUUCCGAGGUUGGGCCUACGACACAGGCAAAGUUGGCAGACCAAAGAGGCGAGUCAUCCGGAUCAGCAGGGCGCAUACCAGCAGGGGAGCCAAGGCUAUUCUCGCUACCAAUGACACAACUGAUGCUGGCUUCGAAUGGACCCACGGUGUGGCAAGCAAGAGAAGUUCUGAGCGCAGACAGGCUAUGAGGUACAACAUCAAUGCCUUUUACUUUGAAUUCCGAGGAGUGGCGCAGGAGGUUCCUCAACAGACACCUCCCUCAUCUCUCCUGGAUAAUCAUGUUGACCAUGGCCAAGCUUACGAGACGUCCACAUCGGAGAAGGUAGCCACUUUCAUCAGCACGGUUAUUUCAGCGUACAAGACUUUCCCGCACAAGGCAUACCUCCGACAGGUGGUAGACCGCUUCAAACAAUUGGAGCAGACUUCCCUCGAGGGCCUGUCGACCCUUGGUGAGGAAGCCUGGCCACACCAGUUUGAGGCCGCUGGAGAAGACAGGAUCAGCGUUAGCGCCGUCCUUGAGCUGUCCAAGGCCCUUUGUGCCAUCCCAGCACCGGGCAUUACUAUCCAUGAGUCCCUGUAUCUUGGCGUGAUCGUCUCGUUCUGCACCAUGUUUUCCGGCUCGCACGCCGCUAGCAGAGACGUGGGAGACAAUUUGAUUCAAUCGGCAAUCAGAAUUGCUCGAGGGACUACUCUAGCCCCUGUGUCUGCGAGUCCGUUGGCACAGACAGGCGACGGAAACCCCGGCGUUGCUCUCCUUGAGGCCCUGAUACGAGAGAACGGUGCUCGCGUGGAGCAGUUCAAGGCCUGGGUCGAGACUGGUGGGCAGACGUAUGCCCCUGGAGGUAUCCUUGAGCAGCUUUACGAGAUGGUUCAGUUGGCCAACGUGGUCAUCGGUACCCAGAACCAGAAGGCCAUUGUGACGGUCUUGGGGCAGGUCAAGCCACUGGUUCUCGCGUCCGCUUUUGGGACGGUUUCCAGAAUCCCCACCCCAGUGGACGGCAAUACCGACAUUUUCGGGGCAGUGAUACAAGCAGCAGUUCAUGUGGUGGUAGCCGAUGUGGUCGACAAGUUUGCGACGCAGGCUGAUCAGGAGUCUGACGCCAUGGAUGCUCUCCCAACGCUUCCUGGACUCCCCGCGAAUUUGGUGAAGCUUGCGGACAAGGUCUCUGACCUGUAUCAUGCUCUUGGCUCGGUGAAGGAAGAAAGUGCCAGGAAUGCUGUCAGUGAGGCCAUCGGGGACUACGAGGAGAACCAGCAUGGCGAGGAAGCCCCUGAGCCGUCCUCUACCCUGGGGUUACCCUCGAGCCUGUGCAGGAAAGAUGCCACAUUUCUGCGAUACAUGCGACAGGUUUUUGAGAAGGAGCGUGAUUUCCCUGGGAGUCAGGACUUGGACAAGGAACUGGCAUGGGCCAGCGGGAUGGAUCGGAAGUAG